AUGGGAAAGAAGGCUGCGAAAUCUACAAAAAAGUUCGCCACGAGCGGCCAAUUGAAGAAGACGAUAGAGGCCCGGCGCAAACACCAGCAGAUCCGUCGAAAAGUUGAAGGUCGGAAAGGGCAGAAGAGUGGAAAGUCCAAGACACAUUCAGAAGCCCGUGAAGAAGACGGUGACCAGGAUGUCGAGAACGAACCAACAAUAAAAAGCGGGAACUUUAUGCAAGGCAGCGACGACGACGACGCUGAGGAUCUGGAGGUGCAGCUCCAUCUUCACGAGCUAUCAAAACUCGCUGAAAAGGAUCCAGAGUUCUUCAAAUACCUUCAGGAGAACGACCAGGAGCUCCUCCAAUUCAAGCCCGAUGCGCCUAUUGACGCGGCCGCUUCGGAUGAUGAGGAGAUGGAGAACGCUGAAGAUGUCGUUAUGGAGGACGACCGGCUUCCUGUCUUGACGAAGGCUCAUUUGCAGAGGUGGCAAAAAGCUCUUUUGGAGCAACGAUCUCUUCGAGCUCUGAGAAAAUUGUUGAUUGCUUUCCGGUCGGCUGCCCACAUGAACGAGGAAGGCCAAGUGUUGGCUUGGAGUAUUGACAGCUCCUCUGUGUAUAAUAAACUCGUGACCACCGCGCUGAUGUAUACACCAGUCGUACUGGAACACCAUAUUCCGUAUAAAACUCUCGCCAACGGGAAAUUCAAACAGCCAACACAAACUCAAAAAUUCAAAACUUUGCAAAAGCUUGUGCUUUCAUACUUGAACAAUAUCAUCCAUAUAUUAUUACAGCUCACCGAUAAUGAAAUGCUACGAUUGGCAUUAUCUGGGAGCGCUAAGCUCAUUCCUUACAUUAUGUCAAGCCGCAAAGCCGUUAAACAGUAUCUCAAAAAAUGUUUGGAGCUGUGGUCAACUGGAGACGAUAGUGUUCAGAUAGCUGCAUUUUUGUCUAUCCAGAAGCUUGCCUCUUCGACAGAUGAAUCCGUAAUGGACAUUAUUCUCAAAAGCACGUACCUCGCCUUGAUGCGGUCCUCCAAGUCAACCAACGCGCACACCCUCCCUUUGAUCAACCUAAUGAAAAAUUCGGCUUCUGAACUGUUCUGCGUCGACCACUCAACUGCUUACCAACACGCAUUCGGCUACAUUCGUCAACUUGCCAUUCACUUACGAAAUAGCAUGAAAAUCAAGACCAAGGAAGCGUACAAGCAGGUGUACAACUGGCAAUAUGUUCAUUGUAUUGACUUCUGGUGCAUUGUUCUGGGAAGAGCUUGUGACGCUCAAACAGAAGCACAAACUAGCAAACAGAGCGCGCUCCGGCCCUUGAUUUAUCCACUCAUUCAAGUCUGCCUUGGGUCUAUAAAGCUGGUCCCCAACAGCCGCUCAUAUCCUUUCCAUCUCCAAAUUAUUCGAUCUCUUUUGCAUCUCACUCGGCAUACCCGAACCUAUGUUCCCCUAUCUCCAUACCUCGUCCCAAUCCUUACGUCGACUUUCCUGUCAUCACGUCCAAAGUCAAGUACACUGCGGCCUCUUGACUUUGACGUUCAAAUCCGUGUGCCUCAUCAGUAUAUGAAGACUCGCGUGUAUACCGAGGGAUUAACGGAGGAGGCCGCAUUCCUUUUGGCAGAAUGGCUCUCCAGCGUGCCUGUUCAUGGCAGCAUCGCCUUUCCAGAGAUUGUGAUCCCUGUGGUUGUUGCAUUGCGCAAGAGCGUUAAAUCAUCGGCCAAGGCAGGGACGAACAAGGAUCAAAGUCUUGUCAAAGUCCUUCUGGAACGAAUUGAUGACAGUGUGAGAUGGCUAGAGCAACGGAGAAAAGAUGUCUCGUUCGCUCCUGGGAAAUUGGAUGUCGUGAAAGAUUGGGAGAGAUCUCUGGUAUCCAAACUGGGCGAUGCACCAUUAAGCAAGUAUGUCAAAGUGCAGACAAAAACACGAGAGAAACGUCGAAAUUUGGUGGACAAGGUAUGUGGCUGA